AUGUUGGGACAUGCUCCUCUCCCUGUGUGGUCAGGACAUGCCUCUGCCAGGCUGGAAUCGAUCGAAACUCCUUCUCUUCAACUUCCAAUCUCGGCCAACAAGCUAAGCAGGCAGUUCUUUGGUGACACGGCCAGGCAGGCAGUGAUGCAGGACGGUCCUACAGGUCCCCUGCUGUGUGCAGUGCCACCUCGCGGCACUUGCGGUGUCGGAGCCGCGGGUCACGGCUUUGUCUGCCACAUCGCUGAGAUUGCUGCGACCUCAAACAAGUCUGAGAUCGAUUUGGAUGCCUUGUCCGACCUUUACAGCUGUCCGUUCAUUUUUUGCCUCUCGGACGUCGAUCUCUUCAGCCAUGGCCUGAAGGCUUCGCAGCAACAGCUCCGGACAGCAUGGGGUAUCGCAGGAAUUUGGGCAUGUGCCGUAGUGAAUUCGGAAUGA